AUGAGUGCUGCCCAGGUCAUUGAUCCCGUUUAUGUGACCGACCAGUCGCUUGGACCUGGGUCACUGCGGCUGUCGAAGGCUGGACUACUCUGGUCACCGCGCAACGAAGGUCUAUACACGAUCAGUGUGGCUCGCGAGGACCUCGCGUCGCUGCGCUGGUUCAGAGGCGCUCGCGGUGACCAGCUACGCUGCACUCGUAAAGACGGCAGCACCGUGAACUUUGAAGGUUUUCGUCCAGCGGAUCGCGCAACCUUGGAGGAGUAUGUGAAGGAGGCCUGGGCAUGGACCAAGGGUGUACCGCGCGGCGAACAGGGCGUCGUCGGAUGGAACUUUGGACAGGUGCGCAUCGAGGGUGAGAGCGUGCUCUUCGUCUCUGGAUCAGAGACGGCGUUCGAGUUGCCAAUUUCGGAUAUAUCGCAAGUGGUGCGUUCAGGUCGCAACGAGCUGGCGUUGGAGUUUCAUCUCGACGACACGGCAGGGAAAACCGACGAGUGCCUUGUUGAGAUGCGCUUCCAGGCACCGACCGAGGAGGACGCAAUCGCGCUCCACGCAGAGCUAUCGGCGCGUGUUGGCUCAGCGUCGUUUAUGGGUGAGUCUCUAGUUUUCUUCGAGGAACUCCCGUUUAUCGUGCCGCGAGGUCGCUACGAUCUCGAGCUGUUCCCCACGUACCUGAGUAUGCACGGCAAAUCUUUCGACUACAAGAUCCUGUACAAGACAGUGCGGCGUAUGUUCCUGCUGCCAAAACCGGAUGAGAUCCAUCUGGCGCUGGUUAUCUCUCUGGACCCGCCGAUUCGCCAGGGCAACACAACCUAUCCACACCUGGUGCUCCAGCUCCGCCGCGACGACGAUGAGAUCGAGGUGGCGUUAAACAUGAAGCCAGAAGAGUUGCAGAAACGCUACGGGGAUAAGUUGCCGCCGAAAAUCAGCGGUGAGCUCUGGCAAGUCGUCACGAAGGUGCUGCGUGUUUUGGUCGACAAGCCCCUGCAUGCACCGAAGAAUUUUGUGACCUCACAGGGUGCCCAUGCGCUGCGCACCGCGCUCGGUGCCAAUGACGGUUAUCUGUAUCCGCUGGAGAACUGUUUCUUCUUUGUGAACAAGCCGCCGACCUAUUUGCGUUAUGAGGAUGUUGAUUUUGUUGAAUUCAAACGACUGGAAAUGGAUAGAAGGUUUGACCUGCAGGUCGUGAUGCUGAAUGGCUCCACGCUGCUCUUUACGAAUCUCGAGCGAAGCGAGUUCUCGACACUCUACCAGUUUCUGGAGAGCAAACAAGUUCGGAUGGUCGGGAUCCCGCCGGCGCUCCUGCGCGGUGCAACGACCGGCAAGACCAGUAUGCGCGCGGCAGCCGUGCGAGCCGAAAUGGCUAUCGCCGCAGAGGAGGCUGCUCGUCGUGAAGCGGAUGGUGAGGACGACGAAGAAGCCGACGACCAGGAUACCAAAUAUGAUGGGAAACGUGAUCCGCAGACGUUUGACGACGAGGAUGACGAGGAAGAUGAAGAUUUUGCAGGCGACGUUGAAGAUGAGUCCGACGGUGCACCCAGUGACUCGGAUGCAGCGCGCGACGAUGACGAUGAUGAUGACGAUGAUGAUGAUGAUGAUGAUGAUGAGGCGCUAGAAGCCGAACUCGAGCCCGAGGAGCCCCUCGAGCAAGUCACGGAGGAAGAUCAGUCGCAAGGCGAUCCGGAAUCGACAUCAGCAGCAGCAGCAGCAGAGACUGGGCAUGCAACUGACCUGGAAAAAGCUUUACAUUCCUGA